AUGUCAGAUCAUUCAACAUCUUCCGUCGAAGCCCCCAAAUAUGAGUGCUCAGUAUGUCUCAAGAGAUACAAGCGGCGCGAGCACCUCUUCCGCCACCUCAGCUCCCAUACAUCGCAGCGACCACACCAAUGCACCCUAUGUAAUGGGGCAUUUCAGCGCGCCGAUGUGUUGAAACGACACAUGCGCACCUGUGAUGGUGGAGGGUCAAGAGCUACUAGCCGGAGACGAGCCUGUGAUCGCUGCGUUCGUCAAAAGAAGGCUUGUAGCUCGCACCAGCCAUGCCACAGCUGCGUGAAGAGAGGUGCCCAGUGCUGGUAUCCCGCAGAUUCAGGAUCCUCGAAACAGCCAUCUCUUGGGAGUGUCGACGUGUCUUCACCGAAAGAUCCGGCAUCAAAUCCGAUGGAGUUAACGCCACCGGUCUCAAACCCAGUGAUGCCCUGGGGGUUCACAACUGAAGAGUUGCAGAAUCUUGGAACGAGUCCACAGGAAACACUUUUCGACUCAGCAUCUACCCAUUUACCGAAUUCGAGUUGGCAGGAAUUCUCCACCAUAAACCCUGAGACUCCGGCAAUGUUUGAACCAUCCGUCUCAGAUGAAGACUCUCGUCAAUCAUUGGGGUUUUUGGAUAAAUUCACUAGCAACACCGGUCUGGUUUCAAGCUUUGACUGCGGCACACAGGAGCAGAGAGAGCACCUCUCUGCCGAAUUGGACCGACACAUCUCGUUUCAAUUACAGCAGAGAAUCAUGUCGUUACCAGCCCUCGGCAUGAAUGUUCCAUCGCCUACGAUUUUGGAAGCCAUCAGCGACUCAAGCUCUACCGACGAUUUUCCACUAGACUGGUUUAAUGAUCCACUGUCUCUCAAAACCCACGAGAUCUUGUUACUGAUCGAAGAAGUCGUCACAAUAAAACCGCGGAAUAGUUCCGUGACUUUAGAUUGGACACCGGCACUGAAAAGUGCAUGUCUACAAUUUUUUUCACCAUCGAAUCUGAGAAGGUUUUUGGGAUUUUACUGGGCAAUUUGGCAUCCCAAUGUCAAUUUUAUUCACAGGCCUACUUUUGAUCCCCUCGCAGCAAAGCCAACAGUACUAGCAGCAAUGGCCCUGAUUGGUGCGUGCGUUUCGUCCGAUAUGCCUGAUAACGAAGAUGCGAAAACGUGGUUCAAUUGCGUGGAAGAGAUGGUCUUUAUAGAUGAUGAUUUCAACAGUGAUAUGACCUAUUCACCAUGCGGUAGCAUGGCCAGCCAGCGACGCAAGAUUCAAGCGCUCCAGGCUGCCUAUAUAGUCUGUCUCUAUCAGAAUUGGGAAGGCACCGACGCGAGCAAGUCUCGCAUUCGACGCCAUCGAUUUGCCACCCUUGUGUCUACCGCUCGAGAUAUUGGAAUCACCUCGGCCAGACACCUGAGCUACAGCGAGCAGGGUCGGCAUGACUUUGAGUGGAAAGAAUAUGCAGCUAGAGAGGAGCUGAUACGAGUUUUCUCGUGGAUCUAUCUCCUUGACUCGGCAUUUGUGAUUUUCAACAAUCUUCCUCCCAGAAUGGUCAUCAAAGAGAUGAGACUACACAUGGCAACACCCGAAGCUUGUUUCCAAGCACUCACAGCAGACCAAUGCCAUCAUCAGAUCCAAUUAUCUCUACCAGCCAGAAGCCCUUACUGGUCUAUCUCAUUCCGAGGUGCAUUUGAAUCGCUAUGCAAAGAUGACCCCUCUGCCAACAUCCACCGCCUCCUCGCCACAUUAUGUCCACUGAACCUGUUUGCAUUGACAUCCGCCAUCCACUCUCAAAUAUUCCAGCUCCGCAACGUAGUUGGAAGUUACCAACUACUCGCCCCGAUCCGCAACGCACUGAGCAACUGGCGCGACAUCUGGCAGUCGUUCUCAUCAAACUUUCCCCAGGGAAUAUCACCACACAUGACCAUCGAAGACCUUCACAUUCAACCCGCCGAAUUGUGGACCCGGAUGGGAUUUUGUCGGUAUGCGCCGGAGUAUUGGCUCCUGGCCCAAUUGAUGGCGGAUCGGUUGGCGAUGUUGGGGACGUCGCAGCAGGUGAAUGAGCUGGAGCCAUUGGAGGAGGGGCCGUUGGAUCCCAUUCUGAAUAAGUAUGAUCAAACCAGUAUGCGACAGGUGAACGACUUGAUCAUGGGCUUUCAGACAUUUCAGAUUUGA